AUGAAAAACAAAGUAUUGGAAAAUAUUCUAAAAGAAGUCCAAACAGCAAAGUAUUUUUUUAUAAUAAGGUAUGUUUUAGACGGGUAUCAUAAAGAGCGGUUCAUGUGUUUUUCAGAGAAUACUGGGCAUAAAUCUGAACAAUUGGCUGAUAGUAUAUUAACCAUUCUUCCAUUGUAUAAUGUUGAUGUAACGAACUUGAGAGGACAAUCUUAUAAUAAUGCAAGUUACAUGUUAGAAGCUUACUCAGGUUUACAUGCAAGAAUCAAGGAGGUUAAUCCACUAGUAGAGUAUUCUCCAUGUGUUGCACACUCUCUAAAUUUGGUUGGUAAUUGUGCAUCAAAUUGUCGUGAAAAAGCCUGUCAUUUUUUUGAGCUGUUACAAGCAGUUUUUUUACGGCAUCUACUCAACGUUUGGAAAUGUUGA